AUGUAUGGAGAUGCCGCCAAAAAACUAGUUCUUGACGCGAAACGAAGUCUCAAUCUUAAUGACGUGCCGUUAUUUCAGGCAGAUUUGGUCAAAGAUGUGAUUCGAGAAAUUGACGACUUAAACAAAGAUGCUGAAUACUUAACACUGCAACAACGACUACAAGAAGAAAGUCAAGGGUCGUUUACUGAGGAAGAACAGAAGAUCAACCAGUGCCAGUUGUUUGUGACACACUUGUCUAUGCGUCGAAAUAAGCGAUGUCUCUUGGCAUAUCAGAAGCUGCGUGCUGACCAAAUCGAUGAAUUUUCGUGGCUCAAUAUCGAUCCAGAUCAGGAGUCUUAUAAUGAAAAAGCUGACGCGUCGUUAUCGCGGGUUUCUCGGUUGAACUUGGACAAUUUGAGCCACGAAGAACAGGAAUAUUUCCGCAAUUAUCAAGAAGUCAUCACCAACUACAAAUCCAAUUUUGCCGACUUGGACCUUUCCGGCGACUUGGAGCCACCAACUAGCAUAUUCAUCGACGUUCGAGUACUCAAGGACGGCGGCGAAGUCCAGACCGAAUACGGCGUGUUCAAUUUAAUCAAAGAUUCUCAGUUCUAUGUGAGAAAAUCAGACGUCGAACGCUUAAUCCAGCAGGGAUACCUCGAGGAAUUGUAG